GAGAAAAUCCACAAUGAGCUUUGUGACUGUCUCCUCCUUUGGUUUUCCUGAUUAUAAAUUAAGGGGAUAAUGUGUGUUCGUGUUGCAGGCAGUGUUGCAGAACAAUAAGCAAAAGCCUCGGUCUCUUCCAGUCUGAGCAGUCACUGGGCAGUGAUCAGGUCUGUUUUCAGUUACUUGUCCUAAAUUUCCUGCUUUCUGUAUCUGUACCAAUCUGUGUAUGUGCACUUCAGGAGCCGCGGAGCGGGAGGUGAGCUGGACACCGGGAGGAGUAGAGGAGGGCUCUGAAUCUCAGGAGGAAACUGGUUAGAAAUGUAUCCCUUUGCUGCUGAUGCUGUUAAACCAGUGUAUGAGGAGCAUUAGGUAGGUUCCAGCUUUCCUGGAGUUUUAAAAGUUCCUUUCUUUGGGGGGAAAAAAAACCAAGUAGUUUUUGUAAUGAUGUGUCCAUUACAGUCCUCCUGCAGAAGGCAAGGGAGCAGGACUAGUCCUUCCCAUAUUAAUGCCUGUCUUGAUUUCUGGAGACAGCUUUGCCACUCAGAACCUCAGCAAUCUGAUGAAUUUAAUUUUUAAAAGAGUAAAUGUUUUUUAGCAGUUUACCAAUCUGAAAAAAUUCCCAAGACCCAGAAAACCUGGGGCAUAUCAUUGUGUUUCAAACUCAGAGCAGUGGUAGAAUUAAAACCACCUUGAGGGUUGUGUAGAAAGCUUUAGUUUUUUUACCCCCAAGUUGUUGUCUUUUGCUCCAGAUUAGGGGGAAAACAUGGAUGGAACCAUAGGCUUAUCCAGCAGCAGUGAAGUGGCUUAGCCCUUGAUGUGGGAUGUCAAAGGGAUCACCAGAACUGGGUGAGGCUUUGGCAUCUGUGUGGGAGGUUGUGCCCCAGCUCUGUUUGAGAGGCUGCUCAAGCCAAGCCACCUCAGUGCUGUUACUUACUUGAUGCUUGAUAUCAAAGUCUGGGAACUGGGAGCAUUAUUGAUUUGACCUCUUUUAAAUUUCAGCAGCUUCACAAGAGACAGAGUGAGUUAGUAAGGAAUGCAAAAAUAUACCCUCCGCAGGUGCUACAGCCGCGUGAAGGAGCACGGCGUUGGCAAGAGGAAAAGCAGCUACACGUUUGAACAGCUGGAGCAGGUGUUUGGGCAGGGAGGAUGGGACUCCCAGCCCUGCCAGCCCGUCCUCAUCAACAGCAGCGGCUUGUACCAGGAGCUGGAGUCGGACGGCAGCACGAUGGAGGAAUACUCUCAGGAGGACUGGGGAAACCACAGUCAGGAUCUUCACUGCUACCAGACUGGCGAGCAGGAGUUGGAUGAAAUGCCUACCACAAAAAGAACAUUAAAGAUAAAACAGGAAUCUUCAGAAGACACGCAGAAGCGUGACGUCAUGCAAAACAUUAUGCAAAUCUUGGAGUCGGUCCAGUUGAAGUGGGAGCUGUUUCAGAGCUGGACGGACUUCUCCAGGCUCCACCUUUCCAACAAACUGGCCAUUUUUGGCAUUGGGUACAACACCCGCUGGAAGGAGGAUAUCCGUUACCACUACGCAGAGAUCAGCUCCCAGGUGCCCCUGGGCAAGCGGCUCCGGGAAUAUUUCAACUCGGAGAAGCCGGAGGGUCGGGUGAUCAUGACCCGAGUACAGAAAAUGAACUGGAAAAAUGUUUAUUACAAAUUCCUGGAGAUCACCAUCAGCGAAGCCAGAUGCUUGGAGCUGCACAUGGAGAUCGACUGGAUUCCCAUCGCUCACUCCAAGCCCACUGGAGGGAACGUGGUGCAGUAUUUAUUACCAGGGGGGAUCCCAAAAAGCCCUGGCCUGUACGCCAUUGGAUACGAGGAGUGCCACGAGAAGCUCCCCUCCCCUCUGGCCGAGCACCGGGCACCCGACCCCGGCAAUGAGACUCCAGGGGAGCUCGAGGUCCCCUCGCCACAGGCCUCCCUUCGGGUGGAUAUGGAAUCUGCCCGGAUUAUCUACUGUUACCUCGGCAUCGCCGAGGUCCGGACUCUCCAGCAGUGCCUGUUUUUACACUUCCAGGCAAACACCAAAACCUUCAGCAAAGAUUGGGUCGGGAUCAACGCCUUUUUAUCUCAGAACUGCGUCGUAGAGCCCGGCGUCUCGCCCAAAUCCAUCUACAUCAAAUUUGUGGAAGUGGAGAGGGAUUUUCUGUCUGCUGGCUCUUUGGUAGAGUGCCUGGAAAAAGCCAUCGGGUACCCCUUAAAAUUUAACAACUGAGUCUCGUCCUUCAUAAGGAUCAGGGCUUUCCGCCCCAUUUUCCAUCUCACUCGGAUCCUGUCCGUUCCCGUCCGGGCACACGGGACUUUUCCGCCUGGAGGCGGCCGCGGGGAUGCCGGCCGCUCCCCACGCGGGCCCGGCCGCAGCGGCGCGGCAGGAGCAGCGCCCGGCCCGCGGCACCACGCCGCUACAUUCCACACGGGACGAGCUCGCGCGCACGGCGCUUCAUACCACAACUGAGGGUUUGGUCUUUCCUUUAUUCCACGGUGUCUCAUUGGGAUGCAUCCGUCUCUGAGUGUUACUCUGGAUCUGACUCAAUAAGCAAUAGAUAACGGCGAGGGAAACCCCAGCUCCCGGCCCGGGGACUGUUUUUCAAAGCCACCCUUAGAUAUCUUGUAUAUAAUUUAGAACUUCACUUUUUUCACCAUCGAGUGUUCUCCUCUCUCCAAACAGUGUUGCCUGCAAAGACUUUGGGUUCCGUGACGUAUUCCACAUCCUUAGUAGCGUUGCCAUAUCUGCUUUUAUUUUAUUUUAUUUUAUUUUUAUAACAUUAAAAUAAUUCCUGGCUUUUUUAUUUUUUCUUUAUUUUUUUUCCUCAUUAGUUUUCCCUAUUUUUCUCUUUUCUGUCUUUUUUAAUCAU